AAAUAUAUGGAUAUUUUGAUAUGCUGCUUUCUAGUUUUGCAGGCAUUUUAUUAUUUGUUUUUUAAAAAGAACUUUGCCAACUGCUUUUGGUGCGUGUAGAGCAAGCCAACUUUUCUUAGAAAAACACACAUGGCAGUCCAGUUUUCUCUCACAGCCCCAUUCUUCAGAAGUUUAAGCUGAAACAAUGCAGACAUAGAAGGAAGAAUCAGAAACCAUCUGAGGGCAAGUCCUUCUUUCUGCCCCAAGUUUCACAAGACAGUCACCAGUUUUUGGUGCAAGAUAGAAACAAUCUGCUUGGGUGAAUUCUUACUGGAUGCCAAUACAAACUUGUCAGAAGCAGAUUGUGUUUUCUGUUUCAAAACUGGAAUAGCUCAGCUCUGGGACUUCUGCUGGGGAAACUUUCCAUCAAUGCAGAGAGUUUAAAAAAAAAAAAAAGUGUGUUAGAAAUAGUUCAGCUCUUCUGACUCUUCACUUUUACUAUAAGCAAUGAUUAUAGUCUAAGGUCACAAAACAGAGCCACUAACCUCUGUUUGAACUUCCUCGUGUCAGGCACAUGUGGGUAUUUCAUUAUCUGUUCGAGGUAUAGCUGACUGACAGGACGUGCAUACCAGGAAAAUGUGCAAUCUUACUUUUAAGCCUUUCUUUCAACCCUUCCCUGCUUCCUUCAUGUGUGUUUGAAUGAGGAAGCAGUAUCUUUAAGAAAUAUGGGUGCUUCCCCCCCGUUUCCUGUGAAAUAUUAAUAGGUGCUGCCAAUGGGACAGAGCUCUUUAGGGGUGUUGUGUAAAAUACCUCACCUUGCAUUUGCUGCAGCCCUGAGCACACAGACACCUUUUGAUUUUUUUCUCCAGAGAAGGAAAGACAGGGCAAGUUUUGGAGAUGAGGCAGCAAGGAUGCUCUGCAACAGCAGUAACAACCAUCCCCUUCCCUGCACAAAACUGGGAGCUAUUGACUAUUCAUGGCAAAGCGUCCAAAGCGCAGCAGCAGAGCCUGUGGAAAAUGACAGCGUGUAACAAGAUUGACUGGCAUUUCCUUCGCACUGGGUCACAUGUCUCCUAAUUCACACACACGCAAAACCUCAUAGGCUGAUCAAAUGACUUCUAUCUCUGCAGUCCACAUACCUUCCACAGAAAGAGUUGUUUUAUUAUGCACAUGUACAGCUCUGUUUUCAAUCAGUCACCUUGAGCGAAUGACUGAGGGCCAGUGUUCGCUCCAUCGGGAGGUCUCUGCCUUUGCUCUCUAGGAGGCAUAGUCUCCAUCCGCUCUCACCUGAACUUUGGCUGCCUGGUAUAUGCUGUUGGGAUACCCUUAAGAGAUCGCCCAGGAAUGGUGGAUCACUUGCUGCCUACUGAUGAAUCCUUUUCAUCUACAAGAUCUUCUCUUGGAUACUUUGGGGACAUGACAGCGGGAGUGAGGUCCUACCAAAUGUUGCCCUCUCCCCUGUCAGAAGAUGACAGUGACUCGUCCAGCUUUUGUUCUUGUUCCAGCCCUGAUUCCCAGGUCCUCAGCUCCAGCUAUGGAAGCACGUCCAGUGCAGAAAGUCAGGACAGUAUCUUAGACUACUUAUUGUCCCAGGCAUCUUUGGGGAACACCAAUACAUCAUGGUGGGACAAAAGGAGACUUCAGCCAACAGUAAAAGAGGAGUACUUUAGGUUGCCUGAAUUUGCUGUGGAUAUGGAAGACUCAGGACCAUUUCAGCCCACGCUUGAGGAAAUUGAGGAAUUUUUGGAGGAGAACAUGGACUUGGAGCUCAAAGAAAGACCUAAAAGUGAGACCAAGGACUUGAGAGCCUGCAGCCAAGUUUCUGUUGCUUCGCUACAGCAAAAAGACCAUAUGUUACCCAGCACUAGUUUAAAAGAGAGUAAAAAUGAACAGUUGAGCAGCACAACGGAAGGUGGCCAAGCUUCAAAUGGAGGAAUGACCCUUGAGAAUGGGAUACCGGUUAUGCUCCAAAUUCAGCCUGUACAGAUCAAACAGGAGUCCAACACGAGCCCCAGUUCCCAAGGACCAGCACAGGAAAAUAUUAAAAUUGCACAGCUCCUAGUCAACAUCCAAGGACAGACAUUUGCCCUUGUGCCUCAGAUAGUUCAGUCGUCCAAUUUGAACUUGUCCUCUAAAUUUGUCCGCAUUGCUCCCGUCCCCAUUGCUGCCAAGCCAAUUGGGCCAGGAGGCAUGAUCCAGGGUCAGACGGGAAUCAUCAUGGGUCAGAAAUUUCAAAAGAACCCUGCAGCUGAACUCAUUAAAAUGCACAAAUGUUCUUUUCCUGGUUGUACCAAGAUGUACACAAAAAGCAGCCAUUUGAAAGCCCACCUGAGGAGACAUACAGGAGAAAAGCCCUUUGCGUGCACGUGGCCGGGCUGUGGAUGGAGGUUCUCCAGGUCAGAUGAGCUGUCCCGGCACAGGCGCUCCCACUCGGGGGUGAAACCCUAUCAGUGUCCUGUCUGUGAGAAGAAGUUUGCUAGAAGUGACCACUUGUCCAAACAUGUCAAGGUGCAUCGAUUCCCACGAAGCAACCGCUCCGUCCGCUCCGUGAACUGAUUGUUCCCGCUUUCCCCUUCCCACCCAGCCAUCUUACAACAGCCGAUGACAGCACUUUGCUCACUGUAUUUCUAGUGAUAAUUUAUUUGUCUCCACAGAACAGUUAAUGCUGUUACUUUAUACCACCAUGUUUGAGUGCCCUGUGUUCCUUCAAAGAUGAUUUGAGAAUGAAGUUCCUUUUGGGUCAGGGGAGCGGGGUGCUUCUUUCUUUUUUUUUUUUUUUUCUUUCAAGGAUAUUAUUUUUCUUUCCUUCUAUCUGUCCCUCCUUUACUGCUGCUUCUUUUGGAAAUUACAGUGUUUUAUUUUUAGCUGUUUUCUGCUGCACAGGAAAAUGUAAAAGUUGCUUGCUGCUAGUUAAUUAUAGCCCUGGCAUUCCUGAGGGCUUUGCUCAUGUACAGGCCAUUCAUUGUGAGUUUUUAUUAAGCUGCUCUAUUUGUCCAGUUUGGAAACAGCAAAUUCCUUUUGAAAUGAAAACAACUCCUUUGUUUUUGGGUCGCCUGAGCCAAGGAUUUGUAGGGGCUGGCCAUAGGAGGAGGAAUAGUGGGAGUUGGGGACAGGGGGAGAGAAGGCUUGAGAGCACUGGAAUGUGCCUUCAUGCACAUCUCUAUGCAGCUCCAAUUUCCCCAGCUCACAUUUACCUUUCCCUUGGCUAGGGCUAUAUAUAAAUAUUUAUGUAUAUAUAUUCAUACAUACGUAUAUAUAUAUAUAUUUAAGCAAAGGCACAUCCCAGGCAAACUGGGAAGCUCAGGCUGGGCGAAAUGGCUUGGAGUGGAGCCUUUCAGUACUGUGUGCUUGCUUCUGUCCUGUGCUGCCAUGGGGUGAAAGGAUGCCCAGGUGUCGAAGGACACACUGCUUUCCUUUGAGUCUGGUUUGCAGCAUCUGUUGUCUUUAGCAGAAGAGCUGUUGUCUGCAUGUAAGGCAGCAGGAAGACAUUUCUGAGAGCGUCCGAGCUCUGGUCCUAUCUCUGCUCCCAUCCUCUUGUGUGAUUGUGGGGGAGAAACCAGGGCCCCAGCCUCGGAGGUGCCUGGUGGUCCUGACGAGCACCAAGCAUCCCCGCAGCCACCAUGAAUCAAGGCCUCGCUGGUUGGAGCUAAGUCUCCAUUUGCCUGCUGGCAGGCAGGGUCUGUAGGAUGUGCCUGUGCCCAGGGAGGAUGGGAGGCAUCAUGGCCUGGUGGGACAGCACUGUGAGAUCAGGGUCUAGGGGUGAUCUUCAGUGCUAAUCCCCUCCUUCCUGACAGCCAUGUCAGAGCUCCAUGCAGCUGGGGUGGGCGAAUGGGUGAGAACAGUAGCCAAAAGAAACAAAUUUGUGUGAUAGCUGGCUAAGAAGGGAAUUUAAACAAAUAAUCAGAUGGUAGCAGGCAAAUGAUCUUGUUCUUGUUUCUUCUUGUUUUGUUUUUUUCUUUUCAACUCUGGCAAUUGUAAGAAGCUUUAGAAGAAAAUAGAAUUCAGUAAUUAGAAAUGAUUUUAUAAUGGAUGUUGCAUUUCCUUUCCAUUCGCAGACAGCAUCUGUUUGUCCUUUUUGUUGGCAAAAUGGGAAAUAGGAAAGUGCGAUCCUAGCGCUAGGCAGAGCAGGAGCCCGCGCUGUGCGAGAGCAGCAGGUCUAGCUGAAGUGAAUGCAUUCCUUUUGUCCUCUAGAAAUUAAUAUAAAUGAACUAUCAUCUAUUGACUGGUUUAUAUCACAUCCUAUGAAUGUAUGUAAAUAAAACUGUACAUAGAUGCAUAUCUAUAUAAAAUAUCUUUUAAUAACGUAUCAAAUUUGUGUAAAUUGGAAACAAAAAUACCUAUAAAGCCAGUGUACAUAAGUUACAAUUCUGUAUAUUUUCUUUUGUUCUUCAUAAAAAUAUAUUUACUUUGACAAUAAAAUGAAAAUGGAAAUUUUAAAUUCCUCCUUGAAAUUAUUAUUCGUUAAUUUCCUUUGUAGCCAGCUCUGUAAUCAAGACAAUAGCACUUCAAAUUUUGAUUCACCUGGAUGUAACUUUUCAGGUGCUUUUUAACAGGGAGAUGAUGGAAGAGAUCUGAAGUUAUCUUUAGUUUUUCUCAUCUCAGAAAGUUCUUGGGAGGCGCGAGAUGUUUCAGCGCUCUCUUCGCCGGAGCCCUCACGCCUCGCCUGGCAGCCACGCUGGGACCCAAAUGCCUUCCUUGGCUCCUGACUGCUGUGGAACAGGUCUGCAGAUGCAGUAAAACUGUGGUUAAUGGAUUAGAGCAAGCAGGUGUUGAAGGAAUUCAAACUUUAGUGGUUAGUGUGAAGGAGGAAGGGCUUCAAAGUCUGCUUCACACUGUGACUGUGAUUCACUGUGCGAGCCAAGACAAAGGACUCGACUGCCGUGUGCUGCAGUUCCCUUUCUUGUAAAAUGGGGAUAAUAAUGCAUCACAGUGAUACUGUGGGACUUAAUUUGCAUUUGUAUGAUCCUUGGAUGGAAGAAGCAGGAGUAAGACCAGUAGUCACAGGAUUAGAUUAGUAAAGAAAGGCUUGGCAUGACGGAGGUCUUGGUGCCAAGGCGCUUCAGUUGGCUCUUCUGUAAACCCACGCCUAAAAGAGUGAUGUGAAGGAUCUGUGGUACGAAGCUUGCCUCAGGCCUGAGGAGAAGACGCCCUGUUCUGCAACAGCCAUUGCUUCCCAUUUGUAACAACAGGGGCAUGAACAUGAUGCUCUGGUGAUCUGCAAGCUGGGACAUCUCUUGCACUGUGCUUUUGGUUGCUUGGCCUCCACUGGAAGAAGAAACCAGCAACAUUACUGGUGUUAAAGUCACUUCUGAGUCUCCAUGGGAGCAAUGGUGCAGUGGGUCCAGAUCUUCUCCCAGCAAGAAUCACUCUGAGACUAACAGGCAUUGAGGGAUUUAAGUGUCUCCCUGAAGAACAGACACCAAAAAGUGCCAGCUGAUGAGCCAGGGCUCUCCAGACCCCUGAUUAUUUUUCCCAGAGAAUCCCUAUCAGUCUGGCAAGAGGACUGAGGGAUGAGGCAAACUAAGUUCUGUGCACUCCAGGUUGUUGUUACCUUCUGAGGUGUAGCCUGAAGACCAGAGUGCUAAGCACAGCUGUUUUAAGGGCUAGUCAUGUACUCAUUUUAAUUAGCAAGCCUGCACCAAGAGGAUCUGCGAUUCCCUUCUGUUCUCACCCUACCCACUUCAUGCAGUAAACCAGCUGCUUUAUUUUAACCAGCAUCUCAGUCUCCUCCCCAUCUCACCUGGAGUUCUGAUAUUGCUGUAAAGUUGGGCAAUUCACCCUGCAAGACACUCGGGGCAGAAGCUGUUAUUUUUCUGCAAGAGGCAAUACUUGAAGCUGAAGUGGAGUAAUGCAAAAUCCCUGCUGUUGGAGCACAGCAGGGCAGAAAUCUAAGAUCUAAGUUUAUGUUUCAGCCUGGAAUAUUUUCCAUGAAAUCCUUAUUCUUUCUUUAUUUUUUUUUCUCUUUUCUGUUUUAAGUAUGGUUUUUGAGUGUAGAUUGUGUGGGUUUUUCUAGUUAAUACCUGUAAGGAAAUGUAAGCUUAUGUAUAAGUCACAGUGUUUUGCUGAAAAGAGUAGGGCUGUGUUUGCUGUGAAAGGAGAAUUAGUUCUGCAUGAAAUUAAUGACAUUUUUAGAGAUUUGUCACAAAAAAAGUAGAAAUUUCCGAAAGAGAUUUCAGUGUUUGUUUUAUGUGAAAUUACUAGCCUGCCUGGGCUUUGCCAAUUCAUGAGAAAAAUGUGGCCUUGCCUUAAGCCUGAGUUUAUCCACCUGAAGAUAAAUAUAUAUUUAAGUGCUUUGAUACCACAACUGUAGAAAAGUUUAUGAUGUCCCUGCUUCAGCAACUCUGCAUGACAAAGCACAGCAUGGUGUAGUUAUACAUAAGCCUAUGUCUCAUUGACUUCAAGCCGUUAUAGUUUCAUUUCUGAGGUGUGAAUGGACACGUGCAGUGUUACAGCCUUUGCAAAACGAUUGUGAUCUGAUUCCUAACACUUGCAAGAACUCUCUGUUUUUAAAAGGCUUAUAGUCCUUCAUCAGAGCUAGUGGUGAAGUGGUAGUUAUGAGAGGUAAGGAGCUGUCAAUUGGGAUGGUUGUACUUGAGGUAAGGACUAAGCAUCAGGAAUAUGAGUAAAGGGAUGUUCUGUGAGGUAACCUGACUUCUGUGACCCGUGGCUAAACACAGUGCAGUGGAGCGAUGUGUCCAAGACCAUAGGCCAACACAAAGUGGAAAUGGGAGCAGAACCAAGAAGUCCCAAACCUCCUUUGCCCCAGACAGUGGCGCAAACAACAUGUCAAUAACACACAAGGGGUUACAGAGGGCAAAGAGUAAUAGGACACGUGAGACAUCAGAUAAGCAAAGAAAGGCAAAGAUGGGGCAUAGAUAAAGUCAGGCUUUAUCAGCAUUAUCAGCAGAUACUGAUAAUGUCUGCUUUUGGAAAGCAUGCCAAGGAGAGAGGAAUGAGAGCUCACCUGCUGGUGUGCAGCACAUGGCAGUCAUCAAGGUACAACUCCCUAAGAAGAGUCCUGCUCCCCUGACCUGUGUUACGUGGGGGCUUUUUUCCCUGGCAGUUUUGGGGGGAGGGCAGGGAGCUGCACCCCUAUGGAAAACAAACUACCCCAUUGAGCAGGGUGGUGUGAUGAAAGGUAGCAAACCUGGCUCCCCGGAGGAGUGCUUGAGUUUAGACCCUGCAAUGUUUCCAACAGUCUUCUGCUUCCCACCCUCCCUGGGGGUUGUUUUCACUUAAUUGCUUGUGCCAUGAGCCUUCUCCUUGUCUAAACGGCCACUAUACAUUUAAUCCAAACAACCAGGUGACUCCAGCACAAAGCCAGUGGCAAUAAUCCAGUGUUAAUGAUUACCCUGGGCCCCUUGGGUUAUGUAAGUCUGGAUGUGCUGUACUUGGGCUCUUGGCUUGGACUUGCCCUUCCAGUCUGGGAGAAAUACCAAGGACUUGCCAACACACAUAGAAAGCUGUUUGGAGCCAGCUGGGAUUUUCCUUCUCCCCUUUUGACAGCACCUAUGAAACCCGUUAUUCACUCGGUUCAGCGACUGCUGUACUUUGCUUGCUUGUUAUGCAGAGACAUUGCUCUUAAAGAAUGAGUUGUGCUAAGCUCCCACUGGCUUCCUUACAAGCCAGAGGCAGUGACUGCCAUGGCUUAUCCGGGGGAAAAAAUUCCCAGCUAAGGCAGGGACUGCAAAUCCCAACAGGUCCUUGGCUUUCCUUGCUCAUUCCUUCUGGGACAUUUGUGUUUUGUUCUUGCUUUUUUUUGGGGGGGGGGGGGAAGGGGUGGGGGGGGGGGGGGGAGGUGUUUGAAGGUGUGUGGUGUGUGAAAAAUAGAUAUUGUGAAGAAUCUUCUAGCCUUAACUUCUCAUGUUUGCUUGCAUACAAGUUGAGGGAUGGAACUUAAUGACUCUUCGGGUGAAAUGAUCCAUAUCAUUAAGUUUGUAGCUCUGCAGUGCUCAGUGUUUCACAGGUCUAAGCUUUGAUUUGCCCUGCCAGCUUAGUGCAGGUCUUCCUCCAGCUGGAGCUGGAGCACAUCCAUCAUCUCUUGCCAUGUUCUCUAUGCGAAUAUCACUUUUAUGAUAAUUUUGUGGUUAGGCUGACUCAAAGCUCAUGUAAGUAUUUGAUCUCCUAAAGAGAUAAGACUAGGGGAAUCUCUUAGCUCUUGGAGACGUCCAUUGCAGAGAGCUUUCAUCAGCUCAGCCAUUCUGCCCUACGGAGUGUGUAUGCCUUGUCUAGCAUCUCAUUGAGCCCCAAAUUUCUAUUCAAACAUUCUACAGUUUAGAGCAAUGUCUGACAAGGGUCUGGCCAUCAUGAGAAGAGGACAGUGUUUGCAUCUCUGCCCAGUGCAGCCUGCCAAGGUGUGAGGUAAAAUGGAAGUGAAAUACGUGAAUGGCAAGUUAUUCCUGGGAAAGCCAGCUCUCCUGCUGCUCACACUGGUGCACAUCUGGUAACCCAUCCCCUGCUCAUGUUGGAUUCAUAACCAUCCUGAAAAGGAGAGAAAAUUGAGGUGAAUGUGGUCUGUAGUUUUCUGUAAGGGAGCAGAGGAAGGAAAACAGAAAUAGGAGCAAGUUAUGGCAUAGCAAGCACUGUUCUGUCUUUUCCAGUAAAAAGAGAGUGAUGGGCUCUUUUUGCAGGAAGGGCUCUGCUUGUUGCCCAGGAGGAAGGUCUGAGCCAGCAUCCAGCAUCAGAGCAGCUCGUGUGUGCUGCUCUGGGGCAACAGCAGCUUUACGUCAGGGGAUUUAGUGAAUAAUAGUCAGAGGGUUGUGCCUUGGACAGCUGGCAGUCACAAAGAGAAGGGUUUGGGAGGGCUUGCUGUCAGUCCCUCAGGUCCCUUCCUUGUAUGAUUCUGCUUUUCUCCUGAAUCUGUAGCUGAUUCUUGGAUUGGACUCAGGGGAUGCUUAGCACUUCCCAAAGCAGAAAUUUUAUUUAUCCACAUGAACCAGGGACCAGGAACCUCAAUAGGCAGUCUGAGGUAUUUAAUGGAAAAAUCUAUCCAUGAAUUGUUUUGCAUGUGACUGAGGGUGGAGUCCAGUAGCCCACAGAAAGAGAGGUAUGAAGAAUCACUGUUAUGUAUCUAAAAAAGCUUCUGGCGUCUGCCUUUCCUAUUGAGUCCAGUGGGCACCAGUUUAAGCCCUGCUACUUGUUCCAACAUUAUGGUUGCAAAUACAGGAAUUGGGCUGUAAGGCUGAAAAGCAUCCAGGCAUUUAGCAAACUCACCUUCCAUAAGUGAAGGAGUGACGUGAACGUUCGAGUUUGGCUCUUGUCUGCUGACUUUUUCUGAGAAGUCUAUAAACGGCAGCCAGGUAGUCUCUCACUUUUUGUUUCUCUAGUGUGUGUUGUUUUUCCAUGGACAACAUGUUCUGGACCUCAGAGAGUUGGCUGGAGCUAGAUUCAUUCAGAUCGUCUGUCUCUAGUGGCAGAUAAUGCCUCAGGGAGGGCAAAGGGUUUGGAAAUUUUGCCAUGUCAGAGCAGUGAUCCUGCAGCCAGCACAGCUGGAAAAACACCCGGGCUGUGCUGACAGUGGCAGUGCUGCAGCAAGUGGUCUCAUGGACCCCUGCCUGUGCUGGACCUUGGCUCCCCUGUGCUGGUUCUUGGGUCUGACUGGGACACUGUGACACCAUGGAACUGAGAAACUUAUGUGGCUGUCCAGGGACAGGGCUGAUGUGGGAAGCCUCUUGUUCUAAUGAGGCCUCUCUGCCUUGGCUGAUGAGGCAAUGACCUCUGGUAUGGGCUCUCCACUUCUGGAAGUGGCAGAUGCUGCCGAGGAAGGUCCACUUUGGCUGAGAGGGGAGCACAGGGUGAUUAGCAAUCUGUCCUCACUCAGAAAAUCAAGUUAGUUACAGCUGACAAGUUUGCUGGAAAACUCUCCCACUUGUUCCCUCGGAAUUAAUGGCACAACUGGAGGGUGUUCAUUUACCUGUCACUUGGGACCUUUAGUCUCCUCACAGGAUAUUGGUAUUCCAACAACUGAUAAAUAAACACACAUUAGUAAGACAUUUUUCUUCAAGAGAGUGUGGAUUUUCUUUGGCACCAAAACUCUCAACAGCCCUUCUCAAGCACUGCCUGGCUGCCUGAGCACCCAACCUUCACUCAAUACCACUGGCACUGCCUGGUUGAUAAUCCAGGCUUGUGCAUGAGAUCAGUGAUACCCAUGAAAGUUUAAUGCGAAUCAAUCUCUGUCAUGCCUAAAGGAGUAAUUAGCAAAUUAGAAUUGGUCCUGAUGACUUUGUGCAAGUUACCUGAUUCCCUGUGACUGAUCCCUGGUGGGUGGGUGGAGGACCAUGAAUCCAGGGAGAGCUGGAGCCACCUACCUAGCUUUGCUCCUGCAUUUUCAUGCUAAUCUCAUUGAAACAAAUUAGCUGUUCUAAAUUAAUAAUAGUAUUUGGCAGCUCUCUAGCAUCUUCCAGAUGAGGAGCAGAACAUAAUUCCCAGUGGGGAGUUAAGCCUUUCCAGUCCCCUGAAGAGUAGUUGUCACCUUCGCUGUGCAAAGUCAGAAAAGGGAUUUAAAUUAUUUGACCAAUAGUACUUAGGGAGCGUGUGGCAAAGAUGUAGAGCAAGCCAGUUCCUCCUCAGACUCAGGUGAUAAUCACAGCUUAAUCAUUUGGUGUGAUUUUGAGACGUGUACACACCGAUGUAUAGAUGCACACUGGGGAAGAAGUGGGGAUGCUUUUCAGCUUCUGGAUAGGCUUAAGACCUACAUGAGGUCAAGUGGAAGGAAUGACAAAUGUGUUCAUUUUGUUGAUGUAGCAGGAGUGAUGGUGGUGCAGGUGUUCUGUGGCCCUUGAGGCUGCUGCAGGACCUGGGGAGCAGUAGGGGAACAACUUGGCUGCAUCUGCUUGUGACUUUUUGAGUCCUUGCAAUGGGCCUCAGUUACCUCUGCAAGAUGGGUUCAUUUUCAUCAUCUUCUGGGGGGACACGUUGACUCCCACAGUAACUAGCAAGAAGUUCAGAUCAAUGUUUUCUCUUGCCUUUAUCACCCCAUAAAGCACUUCCAUGCUGUUGAAUAUGUCACCCUUUUGGUGUGACAGAAAGGAGGCUGAUGAGCACCCUCAGAGGUUUUUUUGCACUAAAAUCCAACUUGCACCUUGCAGUACCUUCCUACACAUCUACCUACAGUCUUUCCUCCAUAACUUUGAUACUUUCUGCUUACUCUUCUCAAACACGUUUGUUUUAAAGAAAAUGACCUGCUGCUGAUGCACUAGCUGUUAUCUAUUAACACAAACAUUUUAGAUUGCAUAAGACUGUCAGUUUUGAAAGUUAGUACAGAAGAACUAGUCGAAUGUAAUCUCUGCUGUUUAUCCUGAUCUUUUAUUCAACCUUCUGGAACUAGAUAAUUUCUGUGGUAAUUAAUAAACUCUACUCUUUGUUGUGAUAAGUUCUAA